AUGCCAGUAUUCCAUCCUGUUUUCGGCCACUUCAUUGCAUUGAAGAAAUGCAUGCAAGCACUCCCACCGAACAUCACAAUGCACGUCAUUGUACGGCAGAUGGCCAAACAAUUUCCGAGGGGGAUCUUUUAUCUCAAUCUAUGGCCCUUUAAUAAGACGCUCAUGAUUGUUGCCAACCCUCUUAUGGCCGUUCAAGUCGAAAAGGCCUUCCUUGACAAACCCCCUGCUAUAACGGAAACUAUGGAAAUAAUCAAUGGUGGGCACUCACUCAUGACGAUGCACGGAGAUGCUUGGAAAAGGUGGCGCGGCGUCUUCAAUCCCGGCUUCGCCUCCGGUUACAUGACAGGGCUUGCUCCUGCCAUUGCUGAUGAAGUCGUCGUUUUCUGCCGUUUACUCCAAGAGCAGGCGAGGAAAAAUGAGAUGUUUCAACUGGAAGAGUACACAUUGCGCCUUACAUUUGAUGUUAUUAGUCGCGUAACCUUCGGUGCUCGGCUUCAUUACCAGACCCAGAAAAAUGUUUUGGCAGAUGGUCUUCGGCGGCAGGUCUACUGGACUCCGUAUGGAACAACUUUCAAUCCAUUCCGCCGCUGGUUAAGCCCUCGCCCCCUAGUUCAGAAGUACAACAGCUAUUCCAUCAAUCGGUAUCUUCAACGUGAGGUCGAUGAACGAUUUGAUGAACUCGCGCUGUCUCGUCAAGAUUCUCCAGCAAAGUCUCAAUCCAGGUCCAUCAUCUCGUUAGUCAUGGAUCAAUAUCUAUUGGACCUAGGUAAGACAGGGGAAUUGUCAAAGAAGGCUUUCAAGAAAUUGGUUAUACCACAACUUCGGAUGUUUCUCUAUGCUGGGCACGAUACAACAAGCAGCACACUUUUAUACUGUUAUUACCUGCUUUCAAAACACCCGGAUGUCCUCACAAAGGUCCGAGAUGAACACAAUGAUAUCUUUGGCACCGAUUUUUCCACCGAUCACUGUUAUCAGAUCAUCAACAGCAAUCCGGCUCUUUUGAACCAGUUGCCAUAUACACUAGCGGUCAUUAAAGAGGUUCUUCGCAUAUUUCCCCCAGCUGCAAGCUUGCGUGAUGGUCGUCCGGGGCUAAUCUUAACCGACAAGGAUGGCCAGCAGUAUCCUACCGAGAAUUGUCAUAUCUGGACUCUGAAUCUCGUAAUGCAUCACAAUCCCGACAUAUUUGUCAGAGCUAGUGAAUUCAUCCCAGAGCGGUGGCUGGUAGAGCAGUCAGACCCUCUGCAUCCUAAGAAGGGAUCUUGGCGAGCAUUUGAAUGGGGUCCACGUGCUUGUAUUGGACAACCGCUUGCUCAAAUGGAACUCAAGGUCGGACUUGUUAUGACGGUCAGGAUGUUUGACAUUGCUCCUGUAUAUGAUGAAUGGGACAUAAAUCACCCUAAGAAGGGUAUCACAACAGUGGAAGGUGAUCGUGUCUACCAAGCGGAAAUGGGUGGGGGUGGAGCCCAUCCCGUGGACGGAUUUCCUGUCAGGGUCACUUUGCGGGAACAACCAACUAGGACAUGA